GAGAUGAUCAUUGUAAAAACAACACUAGCGACAAGCUGACCCAGUACGAAACAUGAAGUUCCCCGUUCUCGCAUAUCUUGUAAUUUUCCUUUUAUUGGAGGAUGGUUUCUGUCGAGGAAAUGAGAGGAACAAUAAACGUAGAAAGAGCCUGGGUAGGAAGGACAAGUCUGCAGGUAUCGCUCACGAGUCCAAAGUCAAUGUGUCAGCGCCUCAUACAUUCCAAAGAUUGAGGUUUGGUAAUCAUGGCAAUUGGUCGCUGUACAAUGCUGGUCGUCUUGAGGUUAACAGAGGCGGGAAAUGGGGACCAAUCUGUGACGACAAUCUGGAUAUCGCAGACGGCCACGUGGCCUGUAGACAAAUGGGGUUUACGAGGGGUGCCGAGAGGGUAUUUGACAAGUCCCAUUUUGGCUCUGGUCCGUGGAAUUCAAGUGACAUACUUAUGGAUGAAGUGAGCUGUACUGGCCAAGAAAAGGAGUUCCUAUCCUGUCCUUACAAUAUUUAUCAUGACUGUACAUCUAGGGAAUUAGCCUCUGUUGCUUGCAAGGAAAACAUAGGAUGUGAAGAAGGUUGGAUCGCAGGUUCAGAGGGUUGUUACAAACUGCAUACAACAGUCAAAAGCUAUCACAAGGCUGGUAGAAUCUGCUCUAAGGAGGGCGGCCAUUUAACCAACAUUGAAACCAUAGAAGAACAUAACUUCCUAUCUCGACUUCUUCAUACAGUGGAACGGGACACCAACAUUUGGAUGAUUGGAGGAAGACGUAAAAAGUCAAUCUGGUAUUGGGAAAAGUUAUUACGCAUUCCAAAGGAAGCUAUAAGAGGACAACAAAGGCAAAGGACGAAAAACAAGAAAGGAAAUCUUCAAACAAUCAAAUCCAAUAUGACUUACACUGGAUUCUUUCCAGGUUGGCAGCCAAUAAAUUUCAAUAGACAACCCUCCAAGAAGAGGGGUGAAUACUGUGUAGGGUUGGUCCAUCAAUACCAACAUCCCAAUGGCUCAAUGGUGUCUGUCCAGUUUUAUUAUUUUGAUGACAUCAAAUGCAGGAAAGAAAAGAAAUACAAGUUUGGAUUCGUAUGUGAGAAGCCACUACAGAAGUUGGACAAGCCGGUCACCAGACAAUCUAACGAAUGUUACGUAGGAAAUGGGGAGACCUACAGAGGUGAACAGACAGAAACAACAAUACGGACAACGUGUCAGAAGUGGUCCAAAUCAUCAUACAUCAAUGAACACACUCAUCCUGGAAAGGGAUUAGGUGAUCAUAAUAAGUGCCGUAAUCCAGACAACAGUUCCAGGCCUUGGUGCUGGGUGGAUGCAGAUCGUAACCGCUUUGCUUACUGUUCUGUACAAAAAUGUUCUCUAGAUAGGCCUACUCAUACCAAGGUAGUUAAUGAAGAUUGCUAUGUUAGGGAUGGCGAAUCUUACAGAGGAUUUACCAACAGAACAGUGAAAGGUUACACCUGUCAGAACUGGAGGUCUUCCUCUAAAGUUAACCCCAAUACACACCCUGGAAAAGGAUUAGGGAAUCAUAAUAUGUGCAGAAAUCCUGAUGGGGACACCAAGCCGUGGUGCUGGGUAAGGGUUAACCGUAACGAGUUCGAUUAUUGUGUGGUGCCCCAAUGUUCAGAUCUUGUGACACGAACUGAACCACCAAUUACAACUACUACUGCACAGAUUGAUUGUCCCACUAACAAGUUUUUUUGCCACUCAAGUACCGAAGAUGUCUGCAUUCCUGAAGUAUUUCAAUGUGAUGCCGAGAGAGAUUGUCAAAAUAAUGAAGAUGAAGAGAACUGUGAAUACAAAGUCCCACUAUUUACAAAACGUGGAAACUUUGCGAUCAUGUCGUCGGGAGAGGUGGCCUAUGAAAAUAUAGCACUAGAACUGUGUGCCAGAUACUGUUUGCAGUCUACUAGGUUUGUCUGUAGAUCCUUCCAUUAUGUUAUUGGGAAAAGAGAGUGUUUUCUGUCAUCAAAAAACAGAGAGAGAAUCUCAACAAGUGGCGAUUACUCAGCCGUUUAUGACUACUAUGAACUCAAAUCGCAGAUUAGAGGGUGUCCUGGGGAGUUCAAGUGUAAAAAUGGUCGCUGUAUCGAGCGAAAUUUACAAUGUAACUCACACGAUGACUGUGGAGAUUUGUCAGAUGAGGAGGGAUGCGUUGAGAAUACCGUCCCUCCCUUGGGAAUUCGCCUAGUGGGCGGUGACAAUGACCAUUCCGGGAGAGUUGAACUUCAGUACUAUGGGGAAUGGGGAGUUAUAUGUGAUGAUAGCUGGGACAUCAGAGAUGCAAGAGUUGUCUGCAGAAUGAUGGGCUUUGAAGGAGGAGCAGAGAAAGCUACACGAUUGGGUUCCUUUGGUUAUGGAAAUGGAAACUUUCUCUUGGACGAGGUAAACUGCAAUGGCACUGAAAGAACUUUGGAGGACUGUGAAAAAGAACCGUGGAAGGAUCAUGACUGCACAUCAUAUGAAGUUGCAGGGGUUGUGUGUUAUCCAUAUAAAGAAUGUACGGAAGAAGAAUUCCAAUGUGAUAAUAAUAAAUGUUUAACACCUCAACAAGUAUGUGAUGGCACAGCUGAUUGCUCAGAUCGGUCGGACGAAAGCAGUUGUGAUAUACAAGUGAAUCUGGUGAAUGGACAUGGACCAAACAGUGGAAGGGUUGAAAUAAUCAGAAAUGGACUUAAAGGGACUAUUUGUGAUGAUGGAUGGUCAGAUAAAAGUGCUGCUGUUGUCUGCAGAAUGCUUGGUUAUCCAGGUGGCCAGGCCAAGUUUGAUGCAACCUUUGGAGCUGGUUCAGGUGCCAUUUGGCUUGAUGAUGUCGAGUGCCAUGGCAACGAAUCGUCUCUUAUUGACUGUUCAAGAAGGCCAUGGGGAGAACAUAACUGUGGUCACACAGAGGAUGCAGGGGUCAUUUGUGAAGGUGCUACUGAAAUUACAACCAGAAAAUCCACCACAACUACACAGUCCACUAUACAAUCAUCCAUAGUGAGAAUUAAACUGGUGGGUGGUGGGGUUGCCAGUAGAGGUCGGAUAAAGAUAUGGUACAAAAGACGAUCAGGAACUGUCUGUGAUGACAACUUUGAUAAUAAGGAUGCUAAUGUUGUCUGUCAUAUGCUUGGAUACAGUGGUGGUAAACCCUCUAAGCUGUAUGGUCCUGGUAAGGGCACAAUCUGGCUUGAUAGUCUGAAUUGUCACGGAAAUGAAUCUAGCAUCCAUGAUUGUCAACAUGAUGGAUGGGGAAUCUCGGAUUGCACACAUGAAGAAGACGUUGGUGUUGAUUGUGAAGAUGAGUCUGUUUCUGCUCCUGAGGUGAGAGUAAGGUUGAUUGAGGGAACGGUUCCGAGUGAAGGACGAGUGAUGUUAACCGUGCAAAACAAGACUGGAACUGUAUGUGAUGACUUCUUUACUGAUAUCGAAGCCAUGGUCAUUUGUCAGAUGCUUGGUUACAGAGGUGGUAUUGUUGCAGAAGAAGGUUACUUUGGACCUGGUACAGGGAUAACUCUUCUUGAUGAUGUGAAAUGUCAGGGAACAGAGAAAUCUAUAUCUCAGUGCAGACACAAUGGAUGGGGCAUCAGUAAUUGCGAACAUUCAGAGGAUGUGGGCGUCAUUUGUGAUUCCCCUCCCACCACACUAACUCCCACAACAGAUGGUUCAGUUGAAACAAAAAUUCGCUUAGUGAACAACUUAAAUGGGGACAAGGACCGUGGUACCAUAGAAAUAAAUCACAAUGGGGUCUAUGGAACUGUUUGUGAUGACGACUGGGAUGAUUUUGAUGCCAAAGUUGUGUGUAGAAUGUUGGGAUAUAGGAGUGGGGCCGCAGUUUCCAAUGCCCGGUUUGGACAAGGAACUGGCCGUAUUCAUCUGGAUGACGUGGCAUGCAAUGGUGAUGAGAAAUCUUUGGUAGAUUGUGAUCAUCCUGGAUGGGGCAUCAAUAACUGUGGACAUAAUGAGGAUGCUGGUGUCAUAUGUUUUUCUAAUGAUGCCAUUUCUACAGAUGAUAUAAAUGAACUCCCCUCAGAUUGUGGCAAUCGUCCAGUAGAAUCGGUGAUUAACUCUAGACGAAGAAGAGACACAGGAGAGAGAACAGUUGAAGAAUGGCGACCUCCACUGAAGAUAUUUAGUGGACUUAAUGCCGACUAUGGAAUGUUUCCCUGGCAAGUGGCCAUUCGGAAAAUCAUCUUCAAAACAAGAACCAGACAAAUAGAUGCCCAACACUGUGGAGGAACCAUUCUCAGUCCAUUCUGGAUUCUUAGUGCUGCGCAUUGCUUUGAUGAUGAGGUGAAAUCAAGGUUGCUAGUUAGAGUUGGGGAUCUGAACAACAAAGACCCAGAUCCUUACGAAGAAGAAUUUCAAAUAGAGGAAAUUUAUAUGCAUGAGGAGUAUGAUGUUGACACCUAUGACAAUGACAUUGCCUUGAUAAAGGUGACCCCUAAAGAUGGCCGUGGUAUUACAAUGGGUUUGUACAUUCAGCCUGCCUGUUUGCCUACAGAAACCACAGAGUACGACGAAGAUCUGGAUUGUUAUAUAUCUGGAUGGGGGAAAACUGAAUUGGGAUCACCAAAUCUUCUAAAAUACGCACAAAUUCCCAUUAUACAACAAAAGAAAUGCCGAAGACUUUACAAAGGUGCUUUGUCUGCCAGUAUGUUCUGUGCAGGAUACAUAAAGGGUGGGGCGGACUCCUGUCAGGGUGACAGUGGGGGACCCCUGGUAUGCAAAGUCAAUGGUAAAUAUACUGCAAUGGGUGCAACUUCUUGGGGAAGAGGCUGUGGGGAUCCAAAUUCACCAGGGGUGUAUACCAAUGUUAAAAGUCAUCUACAGUGGAUCAGAGAAAAACUUGCUGCAUAAUAACUUAAAUGUGUAUCUUUGGACCGCUGAAAUUUUAUUUUGCAAUAUUAGCACAGUUACCUCAGUGACUAUUGAUUGUAAAUUCUGUAAAAUUCCUCAUGUUUUUUCCCAUCAUCUCAGGAAAGAAGUGUUAACUUUAUCAUGAAUAAAUGCACCUAAUGAAAAGUAAUAAGUAAAGUUUUCCCAGUUAUUUGAUGUUAUGAUUAAAGGUAUACUGAUGUAAUUUUUAUCACAGAAUAAAUCAGUCCUGUGUUACAUA